AUUGGGUUCAAUACUAUAAACAACUUUAUAUUAUCACCUCACUUAAUCCAAAUCUUUCAAAAAUUCCACAUAAUUUGUGGCAUGCGGCACUAUAUAGUACAAAUUGUGCUGAAGCAGCACAUGCUAUAAGCAAUC